CCUGGAUAUGAGUUCCAGGUCUGCUGCACAUCUGCUCAUGUUGGGUGGGGAUUCAAGCUAGACUGGAGCACAGAACACCUGGAUUAACUCUGCUCUGGUUCCUUGUCUGUGUGCCAGCACUUCCUGUUUUUAAAGAUCCUGUUUACUGUCUGCAUUCCAAAUAUCCCAGGAAGGUGGGAGGAUGGGAAGAAACAUGGAAAGAAAAGUAAACAGCAUUAUUUAAGGUUUACACAUACGAACCACUGCUUGAAAAGCUUGAAGUCCAAAGUUAUCCCACGAGUUAAAGAUGCCUCCGCGGCCGUCAUCGGGUGAACUAUGGGGCAUCCACUUGAUGCCCCCCAGGAUCCUGGUGGAGUGUCUCCUCCCAAAUGGAAUGAUAGUGACUCUAGAAUGCCUCCGUGAGGCCACCUUACUGACUAUUAAACAUGAACUCUUUAAAGAAGCAAGGAAGUACCCUCUCUAUCAGCUCCUUCAAGAUGAGUCUUCUUACAUUUUUGUAAGUGUUACACAAGAAGCGGAGAGAGAAGAGUUUUUCGAUGAAACACGGAGACUGUGUGACCUGCGACUGUUUCAGCCUUUCCUAAAAGUUAUUGAACCAGUAGGUAACAGAGAAGAAAAGAUUCUUAAUAGAGAAAUAGGUUUUGCUAUUGGCAUGCCUGUCUGUGAGUUUGACAUGGUCAAAGAUCCAGAAGUACAAGACUUCAGAAGAAACAUUCUCAAUGUCUGCAAAGAAGCCGUGGAUCUGCGGGAUGCCAAUGCCCCGCACAGCAGAGCACUCUAUGUCUAUCCUCCAAAUGUGGAGUCCUCAGCUGAGCUCCCCAAACACAUAUACAACAAGCUAGACAAAGGGCAAAUUAUAGUGGUGAUUUGGGUAAUAGUAUCACCAAACAAUGAUAAGCAGAAAUACACCCUAAAAAUCAAUCAUGACUGUGUGCCUGAGCAAGUUAUUGCUGAAGCAAUUAGGAAGAAAACUCGAAGUAUGUUGCUGUCGUCUGAACAACUGAAACUUUGUGUCUUGGAGUACCAGGGCAAAUAUAUUUUAAAAGUCUGUGGCUGUGAUGAAUACUUGCUAGAAAAAUGUCCACUGAGCCAGUAUAAGUACAUAAGGAGCUGCAUCAUGCUUGGCCGCAUGCCCAACCUGAUGCUGAUGGCCAAGGAGAGCCUGUACACGCAGCUGCCCCUGGACACCUUCACCAUGCCAUCCUACUCCAGGCGCAUCUCCACCGCCACGCCCUACAUGAACGGAGAGGCCACCACCAAAUCCCUCUGGACCAUCAACAGUGCUCUCAGAAUAAGGAUCCUCUGUGCAACCUAUGUAAAUGUGAACAUUAGAGACAUAGACAAGAUCUAUGUUAGGACAGGUAUUUACCAUGGAGGUGAACCUUUGUGUGACAAUGUGAAUACUCAGAGGGUACCUUGUUCUAAUCCCAGAUGGAAUGAGUGGCUGCUGUAUGACAUGUACAUUCCUGAUCUCCCACGUGCUGCUCGGCUCUGCCUCUCCAUCUGCUCUGUUAAAGGCCGGAAGGGUGCUAAGGAGGAGCAUUGUCCAUUGGCUUGGGGAAAUAUAAACAUGUUCGAUUACACAGACACUCUGGUAUCUGGGAAAAUGGCUUUGAAUCUUUGGGCAGUACCUCAUGGGCUGGAGGAUUUGUUGAAUCCUAUUGGUGUUACUGGAUCAAAUCCAAAUAAGGAAACUCCAUGUUUGGAGCUGGAAUUUGAUUGGUUUAGCAACCCUGUAAAGUUUCCAGAUAUGACAGUGAUUGAAGAACAUGCAAAUUGGACAAUUUCACGGGAACUGGGAUUCAACUACAGCUACGCAGGGCAGAGUAACAGAAUAGCUCGGGACAGUGAACUAACAGAGAGUGACAAGGAGCAACUGCGAGCCAUUUGUACCCGAGACCCUCUGUCUGAAAUCACUGAGCAAGAGAAGGACUUCCUCUGGAGACACAGACACUAUUGUGUGAAUACUCCAGAAAUUCUACCCAAAUUACUUUUGUCCGUCAAGUGGAAUUCUAGAGAUGAAGUGGCCCAGAUGUACUGUUUGGUGAAGGAUUGGCCCUCAAUCAAACCAGAGCAAGCCAUGGAGCUCCUGGACUGCAAUUACCCAGACCCCAUGGUGCGAGCUUUUGCAGUUCGCUGUCUGGAGAAGUCCCUGACAGAUGACAAACUGUCUCAGUACCUAAUCCAGCUGGUACAGGUUCUGAAAUAUGAGCAGUAUUUAGAUAAUCAGCUUGUGAGAUUUUUACUCAAGAAGGCACUGACCAAUCAAAGGAUAGGACACUUCUUCUUUUGGCAUUUAAAGUCUGAAAUGCACAACAAAACUGUCAGUCAGAGGUUUGGUUUACUUCUCGAGUCCUACUGUCGAGCAUGUGGCAUGUACUUGAAGCACCUGAGCAGGCAGGUGGAGGCCAUGGAGAAGUUGAUUAACCUCACAGAUAUUCUCAAGCAGGAAAAAAAGGAUGAGACCCAGAAGGUACAGAUGAAAUUUCUUGUAGAACAAAUGAGACGGCCAGAUUUCAUGGAUGCCUUGCAAGGCUUUAUCUCUCCUCUUAAUCCUGCACAUCAGCUGGGAAACCUUCGGCUUGAGGAGUGCAGGAUAAUGUCAUCUGCAAAAAGGCCGCUGUGGUUGAACUGGGAAAACCCAGAUAUUAUGUCUGAAUUGUUAUUUCAGAACAAUGAGAUAAUAUUUAAAAAUGGAGAUGACUUACGUCAGGACAUGCUGACACUUCAGAUAAUUCGAAUUAUGGAAAACAUCUGGCAAAAUCAGGGUCUUGAUCUUCGGAUGUUGCCUUAUGGCUGUUUGUCGAUCGGUGACUGUGUGGGACUCAUCGAGGUGGUGAGGAGCUCUCACACCAUCAUGCAGAUUCAGUGUAAAGGAGGCUUAAAAGGAGCACUGCAGUUCAACAGCCAUACAUUGCACCAGUGGCUCAAGGACAAGAACAAAGGAGACAUGUAUGAUGCAGCUAUUGACCUGUUUACACGUUCUUGUGCUGGCUACUGUGUUGCCACCUUUAUCCUGGGCAUUGGUGACCGCCACAACAGCAACAUCAUGGUCAAAGAUGAUGGGCAACUGUUUCACAUUGACUUUGGGCACUUCCUCGAUCACAAGAAGAAAAAAUUUGGUUACAAAAGAGAGCGUGUGCCAUUUGUCUUAACACAAGACUUCUUAAUAGUGAUUAGUAAAGGAGCCCAAGAAUGUACCAAAACGAGGGAGUUUGAAAGGUUUCAGGAGAUGUGUUAUAAGGCUUACCUGGCAAUUCGGCAGCACGCCAAUCUCUUCAUCAAUCUUUUCUCCAUGAUGCUUGGCUCAGGAAUGCCAGAACUGCAGUCCUUUGAUGAUAUUGCUUACAUUCGAAAGACCCUUGCAUUGGACAAAACUGAGCAGGAGGCUCUUGAGUACUUCAUGAAGCAAAUGAAUGAUGCUCACCAUGGUGGCUGGACAACAAAAAUGGACUGGAUCUUCCACACAAUAAAGCAACACGCUUUGAACUGAACUGACAGCAAAGAAAACAAGAACUGAUACCCCACUCGUGGGUACUGCACUGUUAAUACCCAUUAGCAGCAAAGACUGGUUGCAUAGGAAUUGCACAAACCAUGAACAACAUUAGAAUUUAUGGCAAGAAAAGAGAUGAAUUGUUCGGACAACUGUUGGAAAAUAAUGUAAAACAGGGUUUCAGAUAGCACUAAAAUGAUAAACUUCAAAAAUUAAGCUUUAGUACGAUGUGUGCAGGGACCUCGACAAAUUAGAGAGAUGGGCAAUCACCAAGUGUGUGACGUUUAACAAGGGCAAGUGCCAGAUUCUGCACCUGGAAUGGGGCAAUCCUGGUUGUGUGUAUGGACUGGGGAGUGAGAGGCUGGGCAGCAGCUGCAGAAAGGGACCUGGGGGUCCUGGUCGAUGGCAAGUUGAACAUGAGCCAGCAGUG